GAGUUUCAUGCCGAACGGACGCUCUCGCUGCGUCAAUUUCUCGCGGUAGAAAACUAAGGGAAAAGAAUUCGAAUUCGCCAACUUUUGUUUAUUUACAUACGUUACAUGGCUUUUUAAUUGGCUACGCGCGAGUGUACGACGUAUUAGAGAGUGUGUGCAAAAUAAUUUGCUUUAUUUUUUUACACUUUUUUUUUACGUUCGAAAGUGCCUACCGAAAAACACAAAAAAAAAAAACCACUAAAAAAAUAAAAUCAAAAGAAAGAUAGAUGGAUAGAAAAAGAGAGUGUGUGAGAGUGUGUUAACCUGGGUACAGGCAUUAUGGACCGAUGCAUGUGAACUGACAGGAAAUAGAGCGCCAUUAAGCCAACAGCACAUCACAUCACAUCAGAAGGCGGUUAGAACCAUGGAAAGACGCGGCCCAAACAGAUUUGCUAAUUGAGGUCGUUGUCUAGAUUUCGCAGCGCACAAAUCGCAUGCCAGUUUCUAGCAUGCUCUAGGAAUAUUACGAAACCCAACCGAAAAUUUAAGGCGAAACCAGAACUGCACAAGUUCAGACACGUUUAAAAACGAAACCGGAAACGGAAGUUGGUGCAGGUAGAAGAAGCGGAGAACGAGUGAGAGAGAGAGAGAGGGAAACAUUUCGGAAGCCACGCCCACAACAGCAUGAGCAGCAUGAAGGGCGGCUUCUCCACACUAAAUCGCUGGUUUGGCCGCAAAAAGGACAAAUCCGGCACUGGCAGCUCCUCGAUGGGCAAGCUGUCCAAGUCGUCGACACAGUUGCACCAUUUGUCCACGGACACGGACAUCAACGAGACUAGUCAGCUGGAGUACAACCGGAUAACCCCAGUGCCCGCGGCCACCAGCAAUGCGCCCUUCGAGCAGACCUUCCGCAUCACCGUCCUGCUGCCAAAGGAUCAGCUCUUUGUGACCCGAUUGGGAGCCAGGGUUCCUCUGAGUAAGCUCCUUUCGCUCGUCAGCGAAAACAAGCAACUGGAUGCGGAGAAGUACGAGUUCCGGAGUCCAGUGGAUGCUAGUCAGGUGUACAGUUGCGAAUCGACGAUCGGAGCAGUGGGUCUCUCGGAGAUCCGAUUGUGCCACAAGUCGGAGUCGUACGACAACUUCAAUCCGGAUGUGAUGCACAAAUUCCAGCGCACCGGAGUCGCUCGAGAUUCGUUGAGCAGCAGUUCGGACUUCAGUAGCAGCCGGCACUCAAAGGUGACGGCCAAAACGCCGAGUCCCUACAGUUCGAGCAACUCACUGAACUCGAUGGACUCCACGGGAAUGAACUACACCCGUACCCCGGUGGUGGUGCCACCGGCAAAGGUAUUGGCCCCGCCGCCGCGCAAAAAGCGAGCGGCUCCGAGGCCACCAAGCCAGAUUUGUAUCCCCGAGCAGUCUGUGCCGGAUAUUCCGGCCGCUAGCUUAAAAAGCGAGCCUGCCUAUGCGGUGAUUAUCAAGCGACCGCAGCUCUGCAUGUCCACGCCAAAUCUCUCCGGUCCUCCUCCGGAGUUGGACUGCAACGGCAAUAGCUCAAAGUCGCCGGAAGAGGACUCCGCCGAUGGUCAUUAUGCCACAUUGGAUCUGAAACCUCCGGUUGUUGGGGGUCCGGAACCCACGCCCCGAAAACGAUUGCUGCAGAUCAAGAAGAAAACAGCUCCGGCACCACCGCCAGAUUUCCAAAACGGUGGUGAUAACAUAUCACUGGCCUCACUUCCGGAACCGGUGACACCAACCCCGAAUAGUAUGCCGCAACCUGCUCCCAGGAUUACAACACCUCUGCCAAUUGUACCCACUGCCAAUCCUCCACUACCGCAAAUCAAUGGGAAUAUGAACGGUAAUGGAAAUGGAAACGGAAAUGGAAAUGGAAACGGAACUGGAAAUGGAUCACCACCACCAACAAGCAAUGGAAAUGUGUCCAAAGUAAUAUUAAAUCGAACUCCCACACCGGAACCCCGAUCUUUGGGCAGUGCCACCGAGGAUGAUGACAAUGAUGCGGCUUCAAAGCAAGCGGAUUCCGGCAUUGGAGAGCCAGCACCAUCGCCAUCGGCCUCGCCUGAACCGGUGGCUGACACAUCGCAACAGGAGUCGAGUUCCGAGGACGACGAGGCCAUAAAGGUGUACAACUUCAAGCUGUGCCAGACCUCCAAGAAGGGUGAGCAGCCCAUUGCCACCAGUUUGGCGGAACUGGCAGUGUUGACAGCCCACGAAGUCGAUGACGAGGAGGAGGAGGAUGAGCACCAGGUGGAGCAGCAGCAGGUGACCAGGACCAAUGGACACAUGGCCACACCCAGUAGCGAGGGUUCGCUCUCCUCGUGGAAUUACUCGGUGCCCAUAUCGCCACCGCCAGACUUCUCCGACCAGCAAAUGCAAAAACGCAAUGCGGCUGCGCUCAGUCCUGGCUCGCCGCUGGACGAGAUCGUGGAUGAACUGGCCACCAUAAUCAAUCAACAGCGUCUGGACACGUUGAUUAAGAAGCAGCCCGAUCCACGGCUGGCUGAGAUUGAGGCAGUGAAACCGAAUCGAUUGGCCAAUUUCAGCAUAGCCACGGCCAAGAGUACGACAAGGAUUGGUCGGGCCGACUCCUUUCAGGCAGUAGGAUCUGGUGGAGAAGUGGUGGAGGUAACCUCAGCCGGCGGUGGAGGAGACUCAUUCCUGAGCCUUCGCAGCACUUCCCAUCUCUCGCUGAACAAACUGGAGCAAGCAAAUGGCAUUGGCUUGGGUCAGAGACGCUCCUCCAGUGAGCUGAGCAUUGGCGAAUCACCUUCGCUGCAAAGUCUAGAAGUGAUCAAGACCAUCUUGAACUCGAGAAAGAACAGCCUGGCCGAAAGCGGAGGAGGCAGUGCAUCAUCGCCAUCGCCAUCGCCUGUUACAGAGCAACCAAAGAUCGUUAAGGAGCUGGAAAACCUGACCAAAGAGAAGCAGUCAUCAGUUGAUAAUGGCGCUGGGGCCAUCAGUCCUUCUCCCAAUGGCAUUCCUGUCCAGAAACAGUCGACUCCAGAAGUUGAGAAACCAUCAUCUCCCGUUCUCAAAGUUGUGCAGCAACCUGCUCUUAUCCAGGAUCAGAAACAGUCACCUCCUUCUCCUGUCCCAAAGCAAUCACCUACUCCAAUGCAGAAACAGCAGUCGGCUCCAGUUGAGAAGCCUUCAUCAUUGCCUCCAGUUGUGGGAACUGCACAGGAGCAAGUGAUUCCCGUGGUUCAGAAACAGUCGCCGCCUGUGGCCAAGAAGAUGUCACCUUUGCCAGCUCCGAAGCCAUCUCCUCCGGCUUUUAUCAAGGCACCGGAACCAUCGCCUCCUCCAGUUCAAAAACUGUUGGUUUCGCCAACAGUUCAGGCGAUCAAAGGGGAAGAAACCAUAACACCUCCGAAUUCCCCAGCGUCACCAGUCACCAGUCCUGUUAGCCUGAGGAACCCCGAAGUGCAGCCAAGUCAGCAGAUUGAAUCCGCUCCAGGCUCCAAGCCUCUGCCAACUACAUAUCGCUAUUCGGGGCCACCCAGCAUCAACUUUGCCACAUGGAGCGAACGACCCAAGUCCACGGUGGCCAUCAAGAACGAAGGCGACUAUAUCUUUGGCGGGGCAGGCAAAUCCAAAAAGGUGACCCCAACGCCACAGCCUGCCAAGCUCACCAUCGAAGUGGCUUCACCCAUUUUGCGGAUGGGCAUUCCCCAGCGGAAGGAGUACCACGUUCCCAUUACGGUUAAGCCACUGAAGGAUGUGAGUCAGGAGAACCAGGAGCAGCAGCAGCAGCAGCAGGUUAAGCCGGAAGUUCCGGCACCGGUGGCGGUGGAAAAAGAGCAGCAGCAGAUCCAAGAGGAAACCUUUUCGGUUCAAGUGAAGCUUAGGACGAUGGUGAAGCCUCAGGAGAAGCCGCAGGUGCAGGUCCAAAAUCCAAUCCAAAACACACAAUCUUCUACGUUGCCGCGUCCAGCCAAAAGUAAUAGACUCACUCUGCCCGCUGGCCAAAGCAACUACCAGGUGACAUCCAGCUUGGCCUCCACUAACUCCUUGCCACGCCCUGUUUCGAGUUUGGAGAGAAAUCGACCAGUGGAGGCCAAUCCUGCUCCUGCUCCGUUUGGACAGAAUACUUUGCGCCGCACGGGAUUCAAGGAGCGAAUGUUGGCUAAGGAGCAGCAGGAGCAGGAGCAGGCCUUGAGAACAAGAGUGUCCGUAAAUGGAACCAACACCGCCACUCCUUCUCCUCCUCCUCCUUCAACUCCAGCGGCCACGCCCACAUCCCCGCCACAAAAGAAACCAGCACCGCCAGCGAAGAAUGUGAACGUGGUUUUGAAGUCCACCAAAGUGGAGUUGAAGCUCCAGGAGCCGGAAACCAGGCCGGUUAGUCUACAGGUCAAACUGAAGCCCACAUCCCAGACGGCGGCUGCCACGCCUUCGCCGCCUCCACCGCCUGCGCCACAAAUGGUUCCGGCUCUGAAACCCGUGAAAACGAACGGCGCACGCAUUGGUCCCACAACGCCGGAUCCACGUUCCCAACUGUUGGACGCGAUACGGAAUUUCAAACGCGAGGAGCUCAACCGAUCCUGAGUUAUCGAACAUAAUAUACUGGCAACAAUCCAGGCACAAAAACCAGCGCACAAAGUUAUAUAUUUUUUAAAACGUUAACAAUAAAUUUUGUGUUGAAUUUGUAAAUAAUUUCGAAAAAGCCAAGAUUUAGUAGAACUUUUUUUUCAACCUAAAACCCGCGCUUUAAAAGCCUCUAAUAUCCCCAUUUUUUUUUAACUAAUCUUAGUGUUUUGUUAUGAACUAUGUAGUUUUUUAAUACUUUGUUUUAGUCAUUAGGUCACAAGAGGAACCCAAAAAAAAAACAAAAACAACAUAAUGAAAAACGAAAAGCGAAAAAUUAAUCUAUAUAUAUAUUGUAUUAUGCCUAUAUAAUAUUUCGUAUGUCAUAGUGAAUUAUAGUAACCAAUUUUCUAACCAAUGGGACUGGUCUACUUAGUCGUGUCAAACAAACAAAAAACAAAUUGUAGCGAAAGCAAACAAACCCAAAACCGAGAGGUAAUAAUGCUAAUAAAUUAUUUUAAAGCAACAGCAGUUUAAGCUUUUAGCGCUCAUGUAUAUAUAUAUGGCAUUGUAUUAAACUGAAUAAAAUAUAAUACACAAUUUA